AUGAAGAUUGCAAUUAUUGUAUACUCAACAUACGGUCACAUCAUUACUUUGGCCAAAGCUGUACAAGAAGGUGUUUCCAAAGCUGGUUAUAAAGCUGAUUUAUUUCAAGUACCAGAAACUUUACCCCAAGAUAUUCUUGAUCAAUUACAUGCAGCACCAAAACCUAAAGAUAUCCCCAUUGCCACAUUAGAUACAUUGACUGAAUACGAUGCAUUCCUUUUCGGUAUUCCAACUAGAUUCGGUACUUUGCCAGGACAAUUUUUUGAAUUUUUUGGUGCCACCGGUGGAUUAUGGGCUCAAGGUGCAUUAUCUGGUAAACCAGCAGGUAUUUUCGUUUCUACUGGUACUCAAGGUGGUGGUCAAGAAACUACGGUGAGAAACUCAUUGAAUUUCUUGGCCCAUCAUGGUUUGAUUUAUAUUCCAUUGGGUUAUGCUAAAGCUUUCCCUGAACAAUCGAAUUUGGAAGAAAUUCAUGGUGGAUCGGCUUAUGGUGCUGGAACUUUUGCUGGAACUGAUGGUUCAAGACAACCAACUAAGUUGGAAUUGAAGGUUGCUGCUACACAAGGUGAAGUAUUUGCUCAACUGGCAGCUAAGUUCUAUCCCGAGGAAAAGAGUGGCGAAAGUAAAAAAGAUGCUACUGCUGGUGCUGCUGGUGCUACUGGUGCUGCUGCUACUGAUUCAAAGAGUAAAUCGACUGCAACUGAAAAGCCAGCUGAGAAACCAGCCACUCAAGCCAAAGAUAAAUCUACCACCACAGCACCAAGAACUCAACAAUCCACCAAAGCUCCAGAAUCAGAAGAUAAAAGUUUCUGUUCCAAAUGUAUAAUAAUGUAA